UACGUAUCAGUGACGAGCAAUCCCGGAAGACGCGCAGUAUCGUCAAAGCUGUCAGUGUGCAGUGCUACUACUUCAAAUCAACACUAUUGUUUUCAAUUCAUUGCAUUCGGUAAUUUAUAAUUUAUCAUGUCAGCUAGAAAUCCAGGAAUGCAUCUUGAUCUGGAAUGGGUGUCAAAAGUCAGAGUCAACACUCAGGCUGUUCUUAAACGAGCUCAGCAGAUCCAGGGUUGCAAAGUGGCUAAAAAAGAGUGGCAGGCUGCCUGGUUGCUGAAGGCCGUCACAUGCAUUGAUCUGACGACCCUCGCUGGUGACGAUACACCUUCCAAUGUCCAUCGACUCUGUAUGAAGGCCACACAGCCAAUCCGUCACGAUCUGCUGAAGAGCAUGGACAUGCACGACAAAGGAAUCACGACUGCAGCAGUCUGUGUGUACCCAUCACGGGUGGCUGAUGCUGUGAAGUCUCUUAAAGCAGCCAAUUCUAGUCUUCCUGUUGCAUCUGUGGCCACUGGUUUCCCUGCUGGACAGACGCCAUUGAAGACCCGUCUUGCGGAGGUACAGAUGGCCGUGGACGAUGGUGCUAAGGAGAUCGAUAUCGUCAUAAACCGGACUUUGGCACUCACUGGGCAGUGGGCAGCCCUAUAUGAUGAGAUCCGGCAGUUCAGAGAGGCCUGUGGAAACGCCCAUAUGAAGACCAUCCUGGCAGUGGGAGAGCUGGGAACCUUCACAAACGUCUACAAGGCCAGUGUGGUGUCCAUGAUGGCAGGAUCUGACUUCAUCAAAACUUCAACUGGCAAGGAGUCUGUCAAUGCCACUUACCCUGUUGCCAUAGUAAUGGUGCGGGCCAUCCGUGACUACUUCUUACGGACAGGCUAUAAGGUGGGUUUCAAGCCUGCGGGAGGCAUCCGUACAGCGCAGGAGUCUGUGGUGUGGCUGACCCUGAUGAAGGAAGAGCUUGGAGACGAGUGGCUAAAUCCUCACCUUUUCCGACUGGGAGCGAGUAGCCUGUUAGCAGACAUAGAACGGCAGAUUUACCACUAUGUGACCGGACGCUAUCCUGCAUAUCAUGAACUUCCUAUGGCCUGAAUCUGCGAAAAAUCAGGGGAGAUUUGUGCCAAUGAAAACUGAAAACAGCCUCAUACCUGUUUAUGAGGUCAAUUAUAAAGAAAAGUCAUAUUGUCUUAAAGGGGUAGUUCAUGUAUUCAGAGUUCAGAGUGAAAAAUCUGUCAU